AUGCAACGUUUCGAGCAAUAUCUUACGCGAUACUGUGCGUUGAUUCGAUAUGGCGACAAAUUAGAACCGACAUUUGCCCUUUGCAGUGAUAUUUCAUCUCGAAAUGAUGAUGGUGUUGAGCGAUUAUGGGAUGUUCAAGAUAUCGUCGAGAAGUUUAGAUUUGCUUGGGGUGUUCCAAAAAUUAGGACUUGUCAAGCAAAGAAAGUAACUCGUAAAUUUGAUGUACACAGAACGUUAGAGCUCAAAAUGAAACUUGUAGUAUGUCAGAUUUGCGGCAGUUACCAUGAUUACGACAAAAUAUGUGCAACCUGUUAUAAGAAAGUGCAAAAAUUAACCAAUUUUAUGAAAUCCAAAAUUAUGGCCUACAAUCCGUAUAUUGGAGAAAAGCAGUCAACGAACGUUAAAUUUGAGGAUGAUCCACGUCCUGUCUCGAACGAAGCACACCAAGAUGAUGAAAAUACAAAAGCUUCAAUCGAUCGAAGAAAUAGAAAACGAAUUGUUGAGCUAGGAAUUCCACGGCCAACAUGGUUUAAGCCUAAAUUUAUAGACACUUCUGUUCCCAAUAAACAAUAA